AGGGGACCAGGUCCCACAAGGAUUUGGUAGCAGUGGGGACAGGGCCCCAGGCUAGGAGAUUUGUGGGGAGGAGUGGCUUCUACCAACUUCCUUCUCUGGUAAAAUCCACUGCGGCCCAUCCUCCCCACUCAGUGUGGCUGGGGUGUGGUUCCCCUCUAUGGGGCUCUGGAGCUGGAAGGGAGGCUCAGUCUCCCCAUCUCUGACAGCUCUCCUCCGGGAAGCCCUCAGGAGGUGCUGGGCUUUGGGAGACCACUGACUGCCCAGCCUUCAGGAUGAGGUGGAGAGAGGCUCCCUUGCCGAUGCUGCAGGACAUCUGUUUGAGGAAGGGGAAGGAAGCCCUUCCCCCUCCGGGAAGCCUUCUAGUCUGCAAAGCCUCCCCUUCCAGCCUGUCUUGCCCUGUGAGGCCAACCCCCCGGCAGGGGAGCCCUUCUGCUCAGGCUUGUCCCUGGGAGGUGUCGCCAGCUCAUGCUCUGCCUGUCCAGUGGUACCUAGUUAACUUCCAGUCUAAUUCUGUCAUCCUGAAAGUGGUGCUGAGAGGACAGCAGCUGCUUGCCUGUCCCUGCUGCCCUGCUGAGUCUCCCCUCCAUCUGCUCUAGACCAGUGACCACCCCGGGGUCUGAGGAUGAAGCUGAGACCACUGUGCUGGCCCCUGACCUUUCUUUUGCUGCUGCCCUGGUCUCUGGCCACUCCAACAUCAACGACCCCUUGGCAGUGCCCACCUGGGGAGGAGCCCAACCUGGACCUGGGGCAGGGCACAUUAUGCAGGCCUUGCCCACCAGGCACCUUCUCAGCUUCAUGGGGCUCCAGUCCAUGCCAGCCCCAUGCCCGCUGUAGCCUGCGAAGGAGGCUGGAGACCUGGGUGGGCACAGCAACUGAAGAUACAGUGUGUGGAGGCUGCCUGCCAGGGUGGUUUGGGCCUUGGAGGGUCCCCCAAGUUCCAUGUCAACCAUGUUCCUGGGCACCUCUUGGUAUCCGUGGCUGUGACAGAUGGGAGCGGCGGGCCCGACGUGGUGUGGAGGUGGCUGCAGGGGCCAGUGGCGGUGGUGAGACACGGCAGCCUGGGAACAGCACACGGGCAGGCAGCCCUGAGGAGACGGCUGCACAGUAUGCGGUCAUUGCCAUCGUGCCUGUCUUCUGCCUCAUGGGGCUGCUGGGCAUCCUGGUGUGCAACCUCCUCAAGCGGAAGGGCUACCACUGCACAGCUCACAAGGAGGUCGGGCCUGGCCCGGGAGGUGGAGGCAGCGGAAUCAACCCUGCCUACCGGACUGAGGAUGCUAAUGAGGAUACCAUUGGGGUCCUAGUGCGCCUGAUCACAGAGAAGAAAGAGAAUGCUGCAGCCCUGGAGGAGCUGCUGAAAGAGUACCACAGCAAGCAGCUGGUGCAGACGAGCCACAGGCCUGUGCCCAGGCUGCCACCAGUACCUCCUAGCAUGCCGCACAUCUGCCCACAUCGCCACCACCUCCACACUGUGCAGGGCCUGGCCUCACUCUCUGGCCCCUGCUGCUCCCGUUGUAGUCAGAAGAAGUGGCCUGAGGUGCUGCUGUCCCCUGAGGCCGCAGCUGCCACUACUCCUGCUCCCAGCCUCCUGCCCAACCCUGCCAGGGCUCCGAAGGCUGGGCCCAAAUCAGGACGCCAGGGCGAGAUCACCAUCUUGUCUGUGGGCAGGUUCCGUGUGGCUCGAAUUCCUGAGCAGAGGACAAGUUCAAUGGUAUCUGAGGUGAAGACCAUCACAGAGGCUGGGCCCUCAGAGGGUGAUCUCCCUGACUCCCCACAGCCUGGCCUACCCCCUGAGCAGCGGACACUGCUAGGAAGUGGCGGAAGCCAUACUAAAUGGAUGAAGCCACCAGCAGAGAAGAAGGCUGAGGAGAAUCGCUAUGUUGUCCGGCUAAGUGAGAGCAACCUGGUCAUCUGAGGGGCUACCCAGUCUGAGGACACUGUAGCCCUGCCCUAGGCGGUUCUGAAGGCUUCCUGGAGGAGGUAGAGCUGCAGCUGGGACUGUAAUGACCAAGAUGCAAUGGCCCAGAGACAAAACAGCAAAGGCCACAGCCUGGAAGUGGGAUCAUCCGCCCCAGCGAGGAGGCAAGCAAGGCAGGUGACCGCACUGUGUGCAGGAGUAGAUCAAGAGCCCCACCCCUGUCCCUGCUGCCCGGCUCCUCCCUUGCACUCCCCCUCCAGUCCCCUGUGCCUACACUUGCCAGAUCCUAGGAGCCCACAGGAUUCUCUGUACCACCAGGGGGCUAGGUUUGGUGGGAGUAAGGAGUGUGUGUCCGGCACCCUUGGCCCCUGCCCCUGUACAGGGCCCUAGAGCAAAUAUGCCUCCUACUCCUCUUCUGGCAGGUACUGUCAAGGGAAAGGGCAACAGAAAGCCCUGGGCUGGGAGGCUGAGUUCCUGGGUUCUAACUUUGGGCCCAUCACUGGGUCCUAGUUUUUCUGACUGUGAAGUGGGAGAAGACGACAUCUCAGUACCCAGGGCCUCUCAAGUUCCUUGCAGGUUCUGGGAUGGGUAGUGGAGGGUGGGGGAGCUGGACUCUUGUCACCACCCCCAUUAGUAGCUUUAUCUGGCCCCCCUGUUGCUGCUUCCAGGGCCUCUGCCUUCAAGGCCCCCCCGGGGCUGUCCAUCCAUGGCUCUGCCUACAGAAGGGGCUUUAUGCAUGUGCCUGUCCUCCACUCUGCUGUUUUUAAUGAAAUUGAAAAAACAGACUUGAUCUGGGCAGGGCUGUGGCAUAGAGCUGCAGUCUGCCUAGCCAUCCACAAGAUCUCGGGAACUUCGGGGAGAGGGGCAUUGGUGAGCCGGAGAGUGCCUCUGGCCUUUAGUAGCUGCUGUGUCCCUGUGGUGCCAGUGUGUCUGGGCAGCGCUGCCAGGCCAGCUCCACCCUCCACUCCAGCUCAGCAACUUGGUUAUUUAUGUGGGGCUGUGCAGGCGCGGGCCCGCCACCUGCCCCCAUUUCUCUUAUUUAUUGAAACUUACUGUUGUCCUGUCCUUACAUUUCCAUCCCCAUCCAUUUGUUGGGUAAUAAAAGGUGGGAAAGUGCUGUCAUGAAGAGCUUCCUUUCUCUGCGCCCCUCCCCCAGACUGUCUAUUCAGCACAUACCUCAGACCCUGCUCCAUAUUGGGCAGGCCGCCCCUCCCCUCCAGGACCUGCUCCUCAGAGGCAGGAAAGUAGGGCCCAAGAGGCCCUUCACUUCCUCUGGUUCUCACUGAAGCCACUAGGGCAGUGAAUUUUAACUGGUGUG